AUGGCUUAUCUAAGAUAUUUACAAAGACUCGUCAAGACGCCACUUCUCAACUUCACAACAAGGAAGCAUGUCCCAACCCUAGCGAUAGCCACUCUUUGCUGUUUCAUCGCCAGUUUUACCGUGCCGUUGUUUUCCAUCAUUCUGGGCAAUGUAUUCAACGACUUCGCUCUUCUUGGAUCCGGAGAUAUUACUGGUGAUGUCUUAAUCCCGAGGGUAUCGCGUCAAUGUUUGCAAUUUUUGGCCGUAGGUGUGCUGGGAUGGUUCUUCAAUGGAACUUACUACACGCUCUUCGUCGUUUUUGGCGAACUGCAGGCUGCGAAUGCUCGCAGUACACUAUUCGAUAGUCUACUGAAGAAAGAACAGCGUUUUUUCGAAGAGCAUGAAGAAGGAGCGCGGACUUUCCUGGGUUGUCUUCAAAUUCAGGUGCAGGAAAUCCAAACGGCAACAUCGAAUUCGCUAGCGCUUGUACUGCAGUACAUAUUUCGCAUUCUCGUGUCUCUCGGUGUAUCAUUUUAUACUUCGUGGAACCUUACUCUCGUAAUCCUUGCUGGAAUUCCAUUCGUCUCGCUCAUAGUUCCUUACCUGGCACCAAAGAUCAAUGCUGGCAUCCAAGCUCAACAAAAUGAACUUAAGACGGCCUCCAAGGUUGUUAAUAAUGCGGUUACAUCUAUUGAUACCGUGAAGUAUCUGAAUGCGCAAGAUAUUGAGCUGAAGAAGUUUACCGACCACAUGGACAAGGCUGCGUCGGAGUAUACCAGGAUAGCACGCCUUAACGCGCUUCAGAUAACUGCUAUGCGGUUCAUAAUGUUCGCCAUGUUUGUACAAGGCUUCUGGUACGGAAGCUACCUUGUGACAUCGGGGAAGCUUUCAGCGGGUGAUGUGCUGAGAACGUUUUGGGCCUGCUCUGCGUUUGCCCAGGCCAUUGAGUGGCUAAUGCCGCAUCUUUUGAUCUUGGAGAAAGGCAAGGUUGCUGUUGCCGCCUUGCAACGCACGUUAAAUGACGGUCUGGAAGCAAAAUCUUCGCGAGAGAUGCGGGGGGCGCUGUAUCCAAGUCAUUGUGAGGGUAUCAUCGAGGUGAAAAAGCUAUCAUUCGCAUAUCCCUCCCAGCCAGAUCGACUUAGUUUAGACUCCUCGAGUUUUCUAUUCCCCGCCGGAGCGACAACAUUCGUCAUUGGGAAAAGCGGUUCUGGCAAGAGUACACUUGGACAAUUGCUCACUCGGUUCUAUCUACCAACGUCAGGCGAGAUACUUAUUGAUGGGUAUCCCAUACAAACGCUCGGUGUCAAUUGGAUUCGGAAUAACAUUACAUACGUCGAGCAACGAAGCAUCCUAUUCAACGAAUCUAUAUUCAAAAACAUUGCUUUCGGCAGCCGUGACCACGAGAAUAUUCGCGAAAGAGACAUGGAGGAAUCUAUAAAUCUCGCGAUGCUACCUAGCAUGGUUGGGAAACUUCCACAUGGAAUUGACACUUUUGUUGGUGAAGGAGGCAACGCCCUCAGUGGAGGCCAGAAGCAGAGAGUUGCCAUUGCAAGAGCUCGGUUGCGGGAUUCUCCUGUCCUUAUAUUGGAUGAGCCUACGAGUGCUUUGGAUGGAACGAAUCGGGUCCAGAUCAUGAACUCUAUUCGCAAAUGGCGUGAGGGCAAGACCACAGUCAUCAUCACCCAUGACAUGUCUCAUAUCAAGUACAACGAUUUUGUUUAUGUCCUGGAUACCGGUUCUGUCGUUCAGGCCGGGUAUAAAGAAGAGCUCAAAGAAGACCCGAAGCUGAGUGGCUUUUUCCGUGAGGAUGAGAAUCAGGAAGACGACUAUCGAAUAAAGCCCUCACUCGAUAAAACGAGUGUUCCCCAACAAAGCCUUCAGAAGCCUAUACAGAGGGCAUUGAAGUCUGUCGUACCAAAUUUACUACCCAGACAGCAUCUAUUUCUUGCCCUCGCAAUUUUCUGCAUUCUGGCUCAUGCCGCCGCAACCCCGAUAUUCUCUUACUUCCUCGCAGAGCUCCUCAAGACAUUCUAUAACAAAAGCAACAAUAGCAUGAGAUGGGCUCUAGCUGUCCUUGGAGUGUCAAUCGGUGAUGCAUUCACAAACUAUUAUAUGUUUUAUCUUUUGGAUAUUUGCGGCCAAGCCUGGGUCAAUGGCCUUCGGAAACAGGCGUUCCACAAAGUCCUAGACCAGGCUCGAGAGUGGUUCGAAGACGAAUUGAAUAGUGCCUCACAGCUAACAAUUUGUCUUCAUGAAAGUGGUGAAGAUGUUCGUACCAUAAUCACUCGUUUCACUGCGUUCGUUCUAGUUGCUGUUUCCAUCAUGGCAAUGGCAGUUGUAUGGAGUCUUGCGAUUUGCUGGAAACAGACCCUGGUUGCACUGUCGUGUGGACCAAUUGUCUUUGCCAUUACGAGAGGUUUUGAGACGACCAAUGGUAUAUGGGACCGGCGAUGCAUUGCUACUAGGGCCUCAGCCUCGGAUGUCUUUCUAGAAACAUUUUCAGAAAUACGAACGGUGAGGAGCUUGACAUUAGAGCCUUACUUUCAUCUUAAACAUUUAAAGGCUGCAGCUCAGUGUUUAAAGAUGGGAUUAAGGAAAGCGAUCUACACAGGGUUACUCUUUGGUCUAGUGGAAUCUUCCAAUGUGUUUUAUUUGCUAACACAAACAGCACUGAUAUUCUACUAUGGAGCAACUCUAGUCAGAUACAAUGAGUUUACAGUGGAUGAUAUUACAGCUGUAAACUCGGUUCUUCUCUUCAGCCUGGCAUACGCCAGCACAGUCAUGACUUGGAUUCCUCAAAUAAGCAACUCUAGAGAAAUGGCCCGACGACUUUUUCGGCUCGUCGACCUUCCACACGCUUCAUCCCACGAACACGCAGGUGUACUCCAGAUACGCAAGGCAGCCCCAGUCCAAAUCCACCAUCUAAGCUUCCGAUAUCCAUCUCGCCCAGACGCAUCUGUCUUGCGAAACGUCUCCCUCACCAUCCCCGAAGGUUCCUGCACAGCGAUAGUUGGACGCUCCGGAUCCGGAAAGUCCACUAUCGCCUCCUUGCUUCUGUCUCUCUACGAAACACCUUCCUCCUUAAACACAAGUAUAUUGCUCGCUGGUAACAAUAUCCGCGAAGUCCACACACCCUCGCUUCGCUCUCUCAUCUCCAUCGUUCCCCAACAGCCCACUAUAUUCCCCGGCACAAUCCAAGAGAAUAUCAGCUACGGGUUAGAUCAAUCUUCCGAGCAAAGCAACCUCUUCAACGUCCGCACCGCAGCCCGCGCAGCGGGCGUAGACGAUUUUGUCUCCUCCUUACCUGGUGGCUAUCAAACCGUGAUUGGGGAUGGCGGAGUCGGACUCUCAGGCGGACAGGCACAAAGGAUAGUCAUUGCGCGUGCUCUUGUGCGCCGGCCUCAGAUACUUAUUCUUGACGAGGCGACAUCGGCACUUGAUCCAGAUAGCGCGGCGACCAUCAAGGCGACGGUGCGGAGACUUGUUGCGGCUAAAACAAGUCUUACGGUUAUCAUCAUCACCCACACAAAGGAAAUGAUGGAGGUGGCAGAUGAUAUUAUCGUAUUGGAAGAUGGAAGGGUUGUUGAGCAAGGACCGUACCGCGCUCUCUUGAGACGAUCAGGCGGGAAACUGAGGGCCCUCAUCGAGAAUCCUGAACCUGAUAUAACAGAAAGUAGUUCAAUCUAG